AUGGAAGAUGUGGAUUUCUAUAAUUGGGUGGAAAUACAACAACGAAAUCUUAAUUUAACAAGUGCCGUGACACAAAAAUAUAUGACGUUGCUGCACAGGAAAGAGGGGGAUGCCAGCUUUCUGACACGUAUCUUAUCAUUGAAUAAGGGCGGUGGGGCGUUGCGGCAAGGAGAGCGGGAUAUUGACAUCUAUAAGCAAGACUGCUGCGAAACAAUGGUAUUUCUCUGGGAUAUGUGGCAUCAACGUGGCACACUGUUCGUGAUUGUUUGUACAGCAUCGUUGCUGUGGUUCUGCGCACCCCACUUCUUCCAUCUUUUGCUGUAUGUCUCCGUGUGUAUGUGUUUAUGCAAGCUGCAGCGUCUGCCGUGUCAAGUAACGAUGUGGUGUUGA